ACGUCAAAAGUGAUUUUUUCUGGUGGCAUCGAUCGGCAUUUAGAAAAGUUUGUUUUUCGGAAAAUUUUGUGAUAAAAUAAAUUGCAUGUUCAGUAAAUUCCUUGUUCAUGUGCGAUAGGGUUUAUUAAACUGCUCUUCGAGAAACACAGUGGCGGAACGUUAUGCCAGUGAAGCAGAAGUUUUGAUUUUAGACCGUAGCCUGAUCCAACGAAUUGGUUUCCUUUUUCGACUUUAUCCCCUUGGAAAGAAGUGCGAAAUUAUGUGCGAUCCACUGCGGCGGGUGUCGAAAAUAAGAUGUCUACACCUGUAAAGCGUAAAAUUACACUCGAGCUAAACCCAAACAAAAAAGUUCUCCCCAAAGAUCGGCCCAGCGUGUUCCAGCGGCUCGGCACCAAAAAAUUCCAAUCGACGCUCAUCAGCGGAAGCGGACCCGUGAAACUACAUACGGAACAAGAUUCGACCGUCAACAAGGAAGAAAUCGUCAAGCGUAUUGUUGGCUGUGACGAACCCGAACCGGUUCCGCCUCCCAAGGUUGUGGUUGUGCCGGAAAGCGUUUCGGCUCACGCCAGACUUAUCGAGCAGCAACUUGCGGCCAAACUUGGCAAAGUCAUCGUUAGCAGAGGGGAAACUAUUGGAGCCACUGGUCCAGCAAAUCUUGUGUCCGUUCCUAGCCGUAGCGAGACCAAAGCUAGCGGUGGUGGAGCACAUAGCAGUUCGUCAGUCAUUGAACGCCAAGCACCAGGUGUCGGCAGCAGUUCGGACCCAUCGAGAGGGGGCGGCGGUGCUAGCGGAAGUGGUGGCUGGGAUCAGUCCAGCCUGGAGAAUGCUGAUCAAGACAUUCUAGAGCGCAAACGUAAAGAGUUACAGCACGAGCUGAAAUUAGAGAUGGAUGCCAGUGGCGGUGGAAACAGCCACCAUCAUCACCAUCACCACUCGUCGUUGAUGAAACAAAAGUCGGCCAAGGAAACUUUGGUGGUGAAAAAGGUCCGAAAAGUACCAGCCCCACGGAGGUCUUCUUCUAGUUCGGACAGUUCUAGCAGCAGCGGUUCGGAUUCAUCCGAUUCCGAUUCAAGCUCUAGCUCCAGCAGUUCCAGCCGUGAUUCUAGACGCGUUAAAAAGCGAAAUAUUCGACAGAGACGUGAUUCCAGUUCAAGUUCGGACGGGGGAGCCGGCAAAAAGAUAAUAAAAAAGCACACUAAAAAGGUGUCGGCCGAUGCAACUAAACGAAUUGUAACUAAGAAAAUCGGUGGCCAUUUGACCAAGAUUCGCGUAAAGAAAGUUACAAGUCCUGGUGGAACUACCAGCCACAUAAGGAAAGUUGCACGUGAAGUAUCCCCCAGCGGUAAGACACCAACCAAGUAUACCGUCAAAAAAGUGGUGGCUUUGAAGAAAGAUAAACAUGCAGUGGUAGUUGAUGCCCGUGAUCGUGUCCGUGAUAAGGAACGCGAACUGGCUCUUCGAGAAAAAGAACGUGAAAGAGAAAAGGAACGUUUGCGUCUGCGUGAGCGAGAACGUGAACGAGAACACGUUAAAAGUCGCUCACCCAGAGCACACAUUCGAUCCCGUUCUCCGCGGUCACGAAUGUCCCCUACGGCAGUUACUGUAUCAGUCCGUGGGCGGGAGAAAAAGAAAUCGCCUGAAGGAUCGCGAUACAGAGAACCGCCUGCAACAGUAGUGAGACGUCCGGAGCGUUCUCCAGAACGCAUCGACGACCGUCGAAGACACGAAACGCUAAAAGAUCGAGAGCGUCGUGAGCGACAAGAGAGGGAACUGGCGAGAAAUAAAGAACGCGAAGAAGCACUCGCCCGUUGUCAGGAACGGCAACGUGAGCGCGAACGUUUGGCGGCCACAAAGGAAAGAGUCGUACCGCGACGUGAACGAGAAAAUCCCGUUGACGGAGGGUUAGAAAAGCCCGACCGGCAUCGCCCAGUAGAGCGUUUGUUGCCUCGCCCAGCUGAACGCGCCAGAGCAUUGGCUGCGGCGAGGUCACCUGGCAAGAUUGAUCAUGACCGCAGUCGUACUCCAAACUCGCCGCGAAGCCGCGACCGCAUGCCCCGCGAGAGAUCGUUUGAUCAUGGUGGUGUGGAAAGAGAAUUUCCAAAUCACCAUGAACGACGUAGUCGUUCAAGGGAUAGAGAGUAUGUUACUCCUAUUGUGCGAGGUGCCAGAAGUCGUGAUAGCCCAUAUGAUCGUCAUAACACGCAGCCCGCUCGAGACACCCGAGACUAUAGAGAGCCCGAAUCUCGCCCUGGCCCUGCUUACGAGCGGGAUAGAGGACGUGGCCAUGACUAUGCUCGUAACGAGUAUCCAGAUGACCCUCCUCCACGGCGUGAGCUCGAUAGAGAAUGGGAGCGCGAAAGAGAGCGUGAACCAGACCGUGGCCCACCACGCGGUUACGACAGACGUGACGACCAUGGUCGAGAGUGGAAUCGCGAUCAUGGUCCUGCAGCACAUAAUCAUGGUCACGAACAGGAUAAGUACCAAGGGCCAUCUAGAAAUUGGGAAGAACCACGCUGGAAAGAAGCUGAUGGAUGGGUAAACGAAAAGGAACGUGGAGACUGGAAAUUCAAAGAACGGGCAUGGGAGCACGAUGACCAUCCGGCCGUCGGCCCGCCUACACAUAACCAUGGUGGCGGCCGUCGUUGGCAGCAUAAUCACCCGGAGCCAAACCAAGGAUCAAACUGGCAUGGAAAACCUAAAGAGGAUAUGGAUUUCAGCCCACGUCAUAAGUUAGCGGGAAGACUUGGUGAUAGAGUUGGCAAUGACAAUGCUAUGUUUCGACGGCAACAUCAAGGUCAUCAGCCAAUGUUUCACGGUCACGGUCGCAAAGGACACGUAGCUAUCGGCCCAGGUCGGUUCGGAAACCAGAAUAAAUACAGUAUCAAUCGCACGCCACAAAAUCUUGGGCCUCAACAUCAACACCAGCAUCAACCCCCACCCCAUCAACAACAGCAACAGUCACCACAAGGAUUACAAUCACUUGUGCCUCCAGGACCAGCUUCAUCGAAUCAAAUGAAUCAACCAGGACCAGCUCAGCCGGGACCAUUGAUUCCUGAAAGUAGUGCACCGGCAGCCACAUUACCGACAGCUAAGCAAGAGGAUGACCUUCCGCCUCUCGUUCAACCGGCUCUUCCGCCAGUAGAAACUCCCCCUAGUGAGGAUUGUCAAAACCAACCAGCUGCAGCUAUGACGCCUUCCACCGGUCCUACCGACAGUGUGACUUCCGUGCGGACUACAGAAGGAAACGAGACUACAGAUGUUCCGAUCGUUCCCGAUGUAGUUGACCCAAGAAUGGCUGUUAAUGUGGAUGCUACUACUGAUAAAGUUGUCGUACCAGUAGUGCCUCCGCCUGAGCCAAUGGAUGAAGAUAAUCUCAGCGAAAUUAGCGAUGACCCGGAUGAUAUCUUGACUAGAGAAGAGGAAGAUGAUUUCUCCAACUCCAAACAGGCUACUGGAGGAUCUACUGAACAGCUUUGCACCGCAGUUCCAUCAGCAUCCAUCCCGAUGAUUCACAGUGGCUCGUCCUCUGUGAUGAUUCCUUCGCAGGUGCUUCAAAAUCAUUCACAGCAGUCCACCGCACAACAGCUCUCGAAUCAACAGCAAUCUUCCUCCGCAUCGGGACCCAGGCGUCCUUUUUUAUCUAAAGCUCGCUACAAAUCCUAUGACGGGUGUAUUGGGGGUCCCAUCGGACCCAUCCCUGAUCUGUACGCGAAUCUCGACGACAUCGGAAUGUCGUUUCGUGUCGGCACCGGAGAGAUCACAAAUCAACUGAACGAAUCAACUAAUGCUGGCGAUAACAAACAAGAUGCUGGCGAUUCUAGUGUUCCGGAUUCGUGCAAUCCAAUGCAUGCUGGCCCUGAAGGAACUCAGCCACUGUCGGCUCAGCGUCCCGAUGGUAAUGUUGAAGCUGCUUCGGGCGGCAACAGCUCAGAAGUAAAGGAUUCAAAAGAAGCCGGCAAAUUGCAUGCUAAUAAGGAACUGAAGGAAGAAAUGGAUCUCGACUUUGAGGAAAUAUCCGACGGCGAAUUAGAAGAAGAAAACAAAUUCAAAGGUCUAGGUGACGCCCUUGGAGUUGAUUGGGCCAGCUUGGCACAGGAAACUCGUGCUAAACUCAAACCGGAUCAGAUAAUACCAGUUUCUGCUCGCAAUCGCUGGAAGGCACAUCAUAUACUACUUGAUAUAGGUAUAUCGGUACGUUUGGCUGGUGAGGCUUACGCGCAACGCGUUCUCACGGAAUCUAAAGAGAAGUUACGCGAAGAAAUCGAAGAAUUCAAAGCCGCGGCCGCGCAGCAAAAGGUUGUGGCGAUAAAAAAGGAAGAGGAGGAACAGCUUUUCAAUGGGGUCAAAAUAAAGAAGGAAAAACUAGAUGAGGAUGAACAAAAAGAACAACAAACUGAAGAAGCUGCUGUCAAGAAAGAAGAUUCAAAUGAGAACAAUGAAGUUUCCGAACAAGAAGCUAACCUAGCAGAUAUCGACAAAAUCCUUCAUCCGGUAGCGUCGGUACAUGUGGCUAUGCGAGAGCGCGCCCGAGCAAGACGAAAUUUGAUUCUUUGUGCUGCCGGUCCGAACAGUCGUGCGUUGAGCGCCAGACGUGACUUGGAAAUUCGACGCCAAUUGUGUGGCUUCCCGUCGCAGGAAUGUAACGAGCGUAUAACAGAACAUCAAACAGCCCCAACCAACCCUGAGUUGCACGAAAUGGUAAUGAAAUUGUAUCAGACAACCAUGCAGCCGAAGAAAAUUGAAGUGCAGUAAGGAAAUUUUAGAUGUUUUAAUUUCUUCAAUUGUAAGGAAGAGGACCUUCCCUUCAAUAGAUUAUUUAUAGGAUUAAUGACGUCUAUCAAGUAUUCAAUGUUUCACUAAGCAGAAAGAGCAUUUUACCCUCUAUUCGCCCAACUGUUUCUAGACCACAAUGCAUCUAGUUGAUCCGUAAAACAUAUAUUUUCCUUGUCUUGUAGCGUAUCUAAACCAUACUUGUCGAUUCUGGAUAAUGAAAAUAAAAUUUGAUCAAAUGGUAAAAUAAA